GUGGCGAUGUUUGUGCAUCUCCACUCGUCGCCGCUGGUGGUGCGCCAGACCGCGAGCCUCCCAAAGCCGCUGAACCCGGCGCACCCGUUCAGCUUCAGCCUCGACCUCCAGCCGAUCGAGAUCCUCGACGUCAAGGAAGAGCGCCGCCUCCUCUUGCAGUGUCUGCAAGAAUGCAACAAGCAAGUGUGCUGGCGCAGCGAAGUCGCCGACGUGCAUACCUUCCGCAAGGUCAUCUCGUACGGCUGCCGCGCGCUGCACUUUUCGGGCCACGGCGUGCCCGGCAAGGUCAUCUUUGAAAAUGGCACUUGCGAAGCGCACUUUUUAUCGCAGCAAGAGCUCAAGACGCUGCUCCUCGCCGGCGUCCAGGGCACGUCGCCCGAGAACACAAUGCGCCUCGUCUUUGUCAGCGCCUGCCACUCCGAGAGCGUCGCCGAGGCCUUUGUCUCGGCCGGCGUCCCGCACGUCGUUGUCGUGCCCAAGGAAGACAAGGUGCUCGACCAAAAGGCCAUGGAGUUCUCCAAGGCCUUCUACACCGCGCUCUUGGCAGGCCACAGCGUCUACAAGGCUUUUGAAAUCGGGCAGGUCCAGGCCGACAUUGUGUCGAUCGCCGACCACCACCAGUCCAAGUUCAAGCUCCUCGGCAAUGGCGACCAUGCACGCAGCCACCUCUUUUCCGACCUUGCGCUCGGCAAGUACCAAGACUUGACGCCGCCGCUGCCGAUCAACGAAUGCGACGCGGUCGCCGAAGUGUUUGUUGGGCGGUCGAUUGAAGUCCACGCAUGUUACACGGCGCUCGUGGAAGGCGCGCGCAUGGUGUGCCUCACGGGACCCGCGGGCAUUGGCAAGACCGAAGUCGCUCUCCAGACGUGCCAGUAUGCGACCGAUAGGUACCUCUUUGCGCGCAUCUUUUUUUUGCGCUUUGCCCUCGCGACGACGCCGUCGUCGCUGUCGCUGCGGCAAUACCUCAUGGGUCGGCUCGCCAAGAGCUUCAACGUGCCGCUCAGUGACGAGACCGAUGUCGACAGCGACGAGGCGCUGGAAAAACUCACGGACCGCAUCCGCGACAAGCUCGAAUCGUCCGCGUCGUCGCAGUCGACCAAGUACCUCCUAGUCAUGGACGGCUGCAACGCCCUCUUCCUAAACAAGGCGCUGGCCCCGGGACUGAUGCCGCAACUCCGGUCCGUCAUUUCCCAGCUGCUACGCCGCGUGCGGUCACUGAGCUUGCUCCUCACGAGCGACUCGCGCCUCGGCGGCGGUACCGGUAUGGACUGCGGCGUGGGCGAGCGCAUCAUCCCGAUCGAGCACCUCCCGCCGAUGGACGCCGCACUGCUCUUCACAGUGCGCGCGCCGCGGCGGCUGCAGAUCCACGAAAUGGGCGGCGACCUCCACGCGUUUAGCCGUGGCGUCGUCAUGGACGCACUGGGUGGCCACCCGCGGACGAUCUGCGCCGUGGCCCAACUGCUUGAAGUCCGCGAUUUGCAGCGCGACGAGCGCGAGUUUCUCCACUACCUCAUCCCGUCGGUGAUCGCAGGCCUCGACCCGAGCUCCAAGCAAGACUUGGCCAACGACUACUGCCCGCUUUUGCCGUAUGGCCACGCACGGCACCCGCAUGGGCUCGUCAAGUCGGCAUCGAGCCGCGUCGCGUCGGCGCAAAUGGACCCAACACCGUUGCGCAAGCACGGCUCGUUUCUCGACCGCCGGACCGACGCUGGUGGCACCGAGGUGGCGACCGGCGGCAUGUCCCCCCAGCAGCUGCUCGUCUUUGCGGUCCGUCAGCACGCACGGGCCCACAUCUCGUCACCAGAAGGCUGCGUUGUCUGGGCGCACGCCGUCGUCGAGUACGAAGCGUCGACGCCGCACGUCGACGGUCGGCGCACGACCGCUGUACCGUUUGAGCUUCUCGCGCAGCAAAUCAGCCGCUUCUUUGCGUCCAAGGUGCGCCAGGCCGCCGUCGAGCGCCCGCUCUCGAGCCGCUGCAUGGAGUUCCUUGCGUCCUCGUCGCUCAUUUGGGGGGCCCCUGGCCGGUGUCCAAAAACAAAGGAAAAUGCAGUCGACGUGGCCAUGUUUGCGGCGUUCUGGAGCUGGUUUGAGCCGCUCAUUGUGUGCAUUCAAAAGACCAACGUGUGGGCGUUCAAGCACCCGCGCCUCCUCCACGGCUUCAUCUCCAAAGAGGCGUCGAAAGCCAUGCUCUUGGCGACGAACGCGCCGGGCACGUUCCUCUUGCGCUUCUCCGAGACGCGCCAGUCGUGCCUCGUGGUCGCGUACCUCACGGCGAGUCUCCGCGUCGAGUUUGUCCCGAUCGAGUUCAACCCGAUCUCGUCGACGUUUGAGAUGCGCCUCCAAGACGAGAAGGCCCGCGUCGUGUACCCGUCGCUGUCGCAGCUCGUGCUCAGCAUCCACGUGCUCACGUGCAUUUACCCCAGCACGCCCAAGGCGCUCGUCUUCCACAAACCCGAGUUGGCGCAGCAAUAAUGAGACCCCAGCCUACUAGUACCCAGAUCGUAUAUCGACGCAGCAACAGGUGGCUCAAAGAAAAGGUAUAAUGUUGUGGUUGUG